AAAAAAAAAAAAAAAAGAAGCAGCUGUUACCAGGCUGUUACUUGCAAAGUUUAGGUUAAAGUUUUCCGCCGGCCAAUAAACAAUCCAUUUAAACAGGUUUAGUAGCCUUGCAUUUAUUGGAUGUGAUCUAAGGACGAUGGCUGAAGGAUAUAUGUGUAACUGACGAGGAUCAACAGUAAUGUGACCUGCUUGAUGGUUAACAUCCAGUCAGUGUCUGAGGGCCUGUAGCUAUGGGGACACCGUUUACAAUUGAUGACGCGUUCGUCCUGGAGGGGGAGGAGGAAGGUGUGGUUCCUGGAGAGGAUGUGGAAUGGAAGGGGAGAGAGAAGGACGGUGGCGGAGAGAUGACAUUUGGACCUCUUUCUUUUGCCAAAACACAAUCUCAUCCUUCUGGAUCCGCUGGCACUCCUGAACACAGUAAUCUGAAAUAUCAGAAUCUGGAAAAUGAAGAUGCUUUAGGUGGCACUGUGAACUCUUCUUUCAACAACUUCUUCAAAAUCAGUGAUCCUGCUACUCUGUCCUACUGCAGCUCUCAGUGGUCAUUCAGCACACUCAGCUCAGUCACACAACUGUCUGCUCACUGCUGCGGGUGGACGUCUCACCCGUUAGUGAAGAAGAACAGACGAGUCGUUCUUGCCUCGUUCCUCCUCUUAAUCACUGGAGUUGCUUUGAUCUUUACAGGCAUUGUCAUACAGUUAAACCCUCACGCAGGUGUUUCAAGUGCAAUUUUCUUUGUUCCUGGAUUUCUUCUCUUCAUUCCUGGUGUGUAUCAUGUGAUCUAUAUAAGCUGUGCGGUUCGGGGACGAAGAGGAUUCAAGUUCUUUUAUUUGCCAUACUUUGAGAAGUAAACCGUUUCUCUUCACAUCAUCCAGGCUUGUAGUCUGGAUUGCCCCCCCAAAGAAAUGAAGUAAGGGGAUGACCUAUUUUUACAACCUCAGUUAUUAGUGGUUUUCUUAAUUUUCCUUAAUUUUUGUAAAAGACAAAAAGCCAGUCUGCACACAGGUCUUAAGUAUAACCUCUACAG